GAGACAGACAUCGAUCGAUCAUCGAUCGAAGAUUUUUGCAUCGUCUGUGGUGAAGACGUAAUCAGCGAACAGACAUUCUAUGGCAACAAUGGAGAUCGCUCUACAAGUGCAGAGACCCGUCUGUUACAGAACAACCUUCCCUGAAAAAACUCAUUUGAAGGUCCAGCCGCCUGUUAGAUUCUUCUCUCAUGGCAGAACCAAUCCGUUCUCGCAUACAUCUCCAUGGCGCAAAGAAUGUCCAACAAUUGGAUUGUCGUGUCACAUCUUCGCCGGUGCAGAUUUUUCAAGGAGGAGAUCAAGGAAAGGCCAGGUCUCAAGGCCAAAAGGCUCUGCUGCUAAGGGAUUCAUGCCAAAAAUACGGGUUGGAACAAGCAUCCAGAGGAGAGAGAAAAGUGAUAAUGAUGAUAACGGCAGUUCAAGCCCUUCCCUUCCCGGUGAACAUCCAAGUUCCAGCAAGAAUCCAGCUGAAAUGAAGGUAGAUACUGGUAAAAAGCAGGAAACUAAAUAUCUUCAAGAGAAGGAAGUGGAGGAAACAAAGGUUGAAAUUGAAAAUAAGGUUGGCACAACAAUAUCACCAAACAAACAGUUUGGCGUGGUUAAAAGUGUUGAUAUUGAGGGAAAUGGAAGAUUUUCCAGAAUUGAUGAUGGUCCAACCAAGUCACAGAAAUCAGAAAUAAUCACUUCAAAGGAAUUUGAGGAUGAUGUAGAUGAAACGCCAUUUGCAAGAAAGAAUUCUGGAAAUGGAAGAUUUUCUGUAAUUGAUGAUAGUACAAGUAAGUCACAGAAAUCAGAAAUAAUCACUUCAAAAAAAAUUGAGGAUGAUGUAAAUGAAACAUCAUUUGCAAGAGAGAAUUUGGAUACAUUUAAUGGCAGAAUUAUUGGUCAAAGUAGAACCUUUACUGUGGUUGAUGAAGAUUUGGUUGAAACUGAGUUGGACAAGCCAAAAUUACUUGACAAGACUGAGAAGUUAAUGUUUGAAGAGCCAGAGAUGAAGGAGCAUUUGUUAAAACCAAAGAUGGAGAUGGAUGCCGAGGCACGCAGAAAGGUGAUUGAGAGUCUUGCAGAGGAGAACUUUUCAAGAGGGUGCAAAAUGUUUGUUUAUCCUGAGGUAGUUAAACCUGAUCAAGACAUAGAAGUGUUCCUUAACAGGAAUCUUUCCACUUUAAAAAAUGAACCUGAUGUUUUGAUUAUGGGUGCCUUUAAUGAUUGGAGAUGGAAAUCUUUUACUAUAAAGUUGAAUAAGACCCAUCUUAGAGGGGAUUGGUGGUCUUGCCUAGUUUAUAUUCCUAAGGAGGCAUACAAGAUGGAUUUUGUUUUCUUCAAUGGGGCAAAUGUCUAUGAAAACAAUGAAACAAAGGAUUUCUCUUUAACUGUUGAAGGUGUAAUGGAUGCAUCAACCUUUGAGGAUUUCCUGCUUGAAGAGAAACGAAGAGAACUUGAAAAGCUUGCUGCAGAGCAAGCUGAAAAGGAAAGACAAGAGGAAGAGCGGCGGCGGAUUGAAGCAGAAAAGGUUGCAAGUGAAGCUGAUAGGGCACAAGCAAGAGCAGAGGCUGCAAAGGAAAGAGAAAGUUUACACGAAUUCAUUAAAAAGGCUGUAAGAUCUGUUGAUAAUGUUUGGUAUAUAGAGCCUAAGGAAUUCAAAGGUGGGGAUCUGGUCAGGUUAUAUUACAAUAGGAACUCACGUCCUCUUGCUCAUGCUAAUGAACUCUGGAUUCACGGGGGGCACAAUAAAUGGAAGGAUGGGUUGUCUAUCAUUGGGAGACUUGUCCACUCUGAGAUUAAAGAUGGUGACUGGUGGUAUGUUGAUGUUGUUGUACCCGAUCGAGCUCUCAUCAUGGAUUGGGUUUUUGCUGAUGGACCUCCCGGGAGUGCUACAGUUUAUGAUAAUAAUAACUUUCAAGAUUUCCAUGCUAUUGUCCCGAGAGGCAUACCUGAAGAACUGUAUUGGGUUGAAGAAGAACAGCAAGUAUAUGGGAGGCUUCAGGAAGAGAGGAGGAUAAGAGAAGAGGCUAUACGUGUGAAGGCUGAAAGAACAGCACACAUGAAAGCUGAGACAAAGGAACGGACCAUGAAAAUGUUUCUAUUGUCUCAAAAGCAUAUAGUCUACACUGAGCCACUUGAUGUCAAAGCAGGAACUACUGUUACGGUUUUUUAUAAUCCUUCUAACACAGUUCUCAACGGGAAACCUGAAGUUUGGUUUAGAUGCUCAUUUAACCGCUGGACCCAUCGUAAUGGGCCAUUACCACCUCAGAAAAUGUUGCCUGUAGAUAACAGUCCUCGUGUCAAAACCACUGUCAGGGUUCCAUUGGAUGCAUAUGUGAUGGACUUUGUUUUCUCUGAGAAGGAAGAUGGUGGAAUUUAUGACAACAGAAAUGGCAUGGACUACCACAUACCUGUAUUGGGAGGAAUUACAAAGGAGCCACCAAUGCAUAUUGUGCAUGUGGCUGUUGAAAUGGCUCCCAUUGCAAAGGUGGGAGGCCUUGGAGAUGUUGUCACAAGUCUUUCCCGUGCUGUUAAAGAUUUAGGUCAUAAUGUUGACAUAAUACUUCCAAAAUAUGACUGUUUGAACCUCAGCAAUGUAAAGUACUUCCAAUUUCAUCGAAGUUAUUCCUGGGGUGGAACUGAAAUAAAGGUUUGGUUUGGGAAGGUAGAAGGCCUGCCUGUCUACUUUUUGGAGCCUCAAAAUGGAUUAUUUUCGGCAGGGUGCAUAUAUGGAUGUAGGAAUGAUGGGCAGAGAUUUGGCUUCUUUUGCCAUGCUGCGCUUGAGUUCCUUCUCCAAAGUGGAUUUCAUCCUGAUAUUUUACAUUGCCAUGACUGGUCUAGUGCACCUGUUGCAUGGUUGUUUAAGGAGCAUUAUAUGCAUUAUGGCCUCAGUAAAGCUCGGGUUGUCUUCACAAUUCAUAAUCUUGAGUUUGGAGCACAGUUGAUUGGGAAGGCAAUGUUGUACUCAGACAAGGCUACAACUGUGUCUCCUACUUAUUCAAGGGAGGUUUCAGGAAAUCCAGCAAUUGCUUCUCAUCUUCAGAAGUUCUAUGGUAUUCUGAAUGGAAUUGAUCCAGAUAUCUGGGAUCCAUACAAUGACAAAUUUAUUCCCGUAUCUUACACUUCAGACAAUGUUGUGGAAGGAAAAAGGGCUGCAAAGGAAGCCUUACAACAAAAACUUGGUUUGAAGAGGGCUGAUCUCCCUAUGGUUGGAAUCAUUACUCGCUUAACUCAUCAGAAAGGAAUUCACCUUAUCAAGCAUGCCAUUUGGCGCACACUUGAACGAAAUGGGCAGGUUGUAUUGCUAGGUUCAGCUCCAGACCCUCGUAUACAAAAUGAUUUUGUUAACUUGGCAAAUCAAUUGCACUCAUCACAUGGUGAUCGUGCACGACUUUGUCUGACCUAUGAUGAACCUCUAUCACAUUUGAUAUAUGCAGGUUCAGAUUUCAUUCUAGUUCCAUCAAUUUUUGAGCCAUGUGGCCUAACCCAGCUUACAGCAAUGAGAUAUGGUUCAAUACCUGUUGUUCGCAAAACUGGAGGACUUCAUGAUACUGUAUUUGAUGUCGACCAUGAUAAAGAGAGAGCCCGAGCGUUUGGUCUUGAGCCAAAUGGAUUCAAUUUUGAUGGAGCUGAUACUGCUGGUGUUGAUUAUGCUCUCAAUAGAGCUAUCUCUGCCUGGUAUGAUGGACGUGAUUGGUUCAACUUCCUAUGUAAGGGGGUAAUGGAGCAAGAUUGGUCUUGGAACCGGCCAGCAUUGGACUAUAUGGAACUCUACCGUGCAGCCCGGAAGUAAGGCAGGAGAAAAUUGGUCAGAUGAAUGAGAAAGAAAGAGAUCCCAUACAAGGAUUGUUAGAGAUCCCAUACCACAAUUAUUUGUACAGGCUUACGAAUAAAUUUUCAUUUCCUUUUAUUUAUCUUAGCCAAACAAUGGCAGGUAAUUUUAUAGUUUGUGUUAUUUAUGACAUCUUUGGUGUUAAAGAUUUGAAAUAGCUCAUCCAUUUUAUGUGAAAGCAAUUUUGAACCCCACGAUCCUUUAGAUAAAAGUAGUAUUUCUCUUGAUUCUUUUACAAUCUUAUGUUAUACAGUUGUAUGGGGAUUCUGAGACUUUUCUCUUUACUUUUAUUUGGUAAUAUUGUUGGUAGUAUUGAGGUUGACACAUUGGAUGGA